CUUCCUACUGCCCCAACGCGUGACGGGGUGGAGGGUCUCCAUCCCCGGACACUCGCGUCGCUUGCCUCCGACUUCGUGGCGGAGCCCUCAAAGGCGCCAGUUUCCCCGCUCACCCCAGCCUCGGACCACGCCUCACCCCCCCGCCGUCCCUCCCUCACUCCCUCGUCGCUCCACGGCCCAUGCGCUCAGCCCUACGAAGGCCCU